AUGAUCUCACCACCAAAUCCCACUCCUCAUCUCACAGCCCUCCAACGCGAUGGCUACGUCGUGAUCCCAAACCUUCUCUCACCCUCCCAACUAACCGCCCUACGCGCCGCCGCCUCACACGCCUCCGACCUCGGCCGUACGGGCAAAUGGCCACACAUCCGUACAGUCCCGAAGCAAUUCCCCCCAUGGCCCUCCACCCCGCCGCCGGCCUCAGAGGGCGGAAUCUGGGGCGUGCAGCACCUCAUGCACCCCGAAAUGCCGGGCCGCGACGAAUUCGCCAAGCUCUACUUCUCCCCGCGCGUGCUCGCGAUCGUCGAGGAACUCGUCGGCGUUCCCCCGCCGUCGUCAGCGAACAGCAGAGGCAGCGAUGAGAAGGAGCCGCUAACGAUGGAGCUCCUCAACCUGCUCGUGGCGCCCACGCACGUCCCCUUCGCCCUGCGCUGGCACCGCGACGACAUCCCCACCCCGCCGUCGCUGGGCCCGGAAGACGAGCUGGCGGCCCUGAAGCUGAAGUCCCCGCCCGGCCGCCCGCAGUCCCAUGCCCAGUACAAUAUCCCCCUGUACGACGAUGCGUCGCUGAUUGUUGUACCGGGUUCACAUCGGCGGGCGCGCACGCAGACAGAGCGCGAAGCGGAUCCGUACGAGGAUAAUCUUCCUGGCCAGUUGGUUGUGAAGCUGGCGGCGGGCGAUGCGGUGUUCUAUGAUAGCAAUAUUUGGCACAGAGGGGUAUAUGGGGCGAUGGAUCCGGAGGUUAAGGGCGAGGAUGGCCUGCCAAAGGGGUUGAGGUUGACGGUGCAUGGGAGUGUGGGGUUGGCGGUUGAUAAUGAUGGGGAUGUUGGAGGGGAAGCGGCGGAUAUGAAGACGCCCAAGGAAAAUGUUAGGGCUCAGGUUGUGUUGCAGCAUGGGGUUGGGUUUUGGAUUAAUAGGGAGGAUGCGGCUUUUAGCGGGCUAGAAGGGGAGGUGAAGGAGAGAGCGGAGAGGAUGCGGAAGAGGCUUAUUGAAAUGGGGAGUGGGGAGGGGGUUGGGUAUGCUCUUGAAGGGUAG